UUCCCUCUCAAAGAUGAAAACUCAUUUAGAUGACACCUUGCUGUAUGGGCUGUGAACCAAGCAAAUCCUGAGCUAUCUCACAAUUUUGCCAAUUUAUUCACCAUUUCAUACAGUCUCUUCAUCUUACCGAUUCAACAUCACCAUCAUCGUCAUCAUCAGUAUCAUCUUUAUCAUCUCGAUCAUCAGUACAAUAUCAUAUGUCUCUUCUCUCCUCUCCACAUCACACAACUUCAAACGUGAGUUUUUAUAAUUCAAAUUUUUCUACCAUUCUACUGUCUUUUCAGACUAAAUUUGUUUCAAUGUUGUCAACCACUUUGCUCACCACAUUUAAUUUUCCAACUGUGAUCACAUUCAACUCAAUCAACAUUUGAAACAAAUCAUUUCUCGAAGAGGCAACAACAAACAUAUUGUUCGCCUUUUUCCUGUGUUUACUGCUCGUCAUGUGGCGUUAUGGUGAUGUUGGCUCUAUGCGAAAUGAUAAGCGAAAUGGGUUGAGAAAUUUUGAUUACGGUUACAAAAGAGGUGGAAAAUUUGGUCAAAAAGGAUCUCAUGGACUGACCCAUGCAUCCAAUUACCGUAAACAGAGUUCAGAGAAAUCCAAUUCAAGUCGCUCAUCAUCAUUUAAAUCAUCAUUCAAAAGACAGUAUUCAAUUCGUGUGACACCACCGCCUGAAUCGAUUGAUGAGGUUGAAACAGAUCCACCUUCACUUGUUGGCAUCGAUCAGAUAAAAGGCUAUGAAAAUGCAAAAUUUACUCCAAUCGCCAUACCGCCACCACCUUAUACAAUCCGAUCAACCAACGACUUCAAUCCUCUGAGAAUCCCACUUUCCGGUUUUUUCAUUAUUAGGACAACAGAGGCAAAUGAAGGAGAUGUUAGAGAAGCGUUACUCAGAUAUGCUUCUAGUCACUACUGUUAUGGCAAAGGAGUCGCUAAACAUAUGAUUAUCACAAAAAUGGACCAUUAUAAUGCUUUUCAUUAUUCACUGGAAACCUUCACCGAAAACCGUUCAGUUUGUUGGGUUUAUGAGGCUUACCUUGGAGGUCAUCUUGAUGGUCCAAUGGCUGGACAGGCCCCGUACCCUUGGGAUGUACAUGUGGAUCCACCAAUUGCAUUUGAUUGUCACUCAGCUAGUGUUCCUAUUCCACACACGGAUUGCUUAAGGACUUGCCACAUCUGCGGUGGAGUUGGACGCAAACGAUGUUACACUUGUAUAGGAACUGGAUGGGAAAAUUGUUACUCAUGCAGUGGCGAUGGUUAUAAGCCUCAUCCCUUUGUUCAGGGCGACAAUGAACGGUGUUUACAUUGUCAUGGUGUUGGUAAAAAAAAGUGUUGGCGGUGCAAUGGGGAUGGAAUGAGCAGUUGUAAGAUUUGUUCUGGUACUGGUCAGAUUAAGUGUUACAUUAAAUUGACGGUUAAUUGGACCAAUCAUGUUGAUGACUUUUACAUUGGCCAUGAAGACAUUUCAAAUGAUAUGGUUAAACAAGUUACUGGUCAAAUUGUUUUUGAUGAAACUAGUGAAAAGGUUUGGCCAAUCAAUCAUUUUCCUGAAAAUAAUAUAAACAAAGCCAGUCUUGAUCUACUGAAUAAACAUGUUGAAAGUUAUUUUUUAAUGGAGAAACCUAUAGCUCAGAGGCAACGAGUGUUUCGCAUUCCAGUAACCAGAGUCAAUUACUCAUGGAAAAAUAAAAUGCAAAAAUUUUGGGUCUUAGGCAAUGAAAAAUAUGUUUUUGCGCCUCAUUAUCCUCAAAAGUAUUGCUGUGGAUGUACAAUUAUUUGAAUCGAUGCUUUUCACAUCAAAUGUAAAGUUAUUUUAUCCUAAAUCAAAUCUGAAUCCAGUGAAAGAUUACAGUGAAAAUCAAGCCUUUUUUACUACCUUUAUCAACAAAAUUCAACGUCAAUGUAAAUUUUUAUUAUUGAUAACUAUGUUUUAUUUA